AUGACGAUCUCGGAUCCUGGCUUCAACAUCACAUCUCCCCCUGUAAACGGAUUUGUAUGCUGCACGCGUGGUUCUAGGAUCGCGGUUUUUAAUCCCACCACUGGAUUUAUGUUGACAUUGCCCCAUGUUAAAGCCAACGGAAGAGAGAUCUACGCACGCUCGGGUAUGAUCCGGUCGAUAAUCGAUACAAAGUGUUGUGUGUGAUGAUGUUAGUUAGGUGUGACGUCCAUAGAAAAUAUGUCAAACAACAGGAGCAUCUAGUUUUAUCACUAACAUCACAGUUUACGGGGUGGAGAAAGAUCGAGAUCACGGGAGAUCCUUACGCCUAUUUAGAAGGCGGGAUUUGCAUCGAUGGUGCUAUAUACUAUGGAGUUGGACAUACAAAGAUAGCUAGAUUUGAUCUUAGAUACGAGAAGAUGACGUUUAUUCAAGGACCCAAAGACUAUAACGCAAUCUCAUGUUAUUCAACACUUACAAAUUAUGAAGGAAAAUUAGCAUGUGUAAGCUAUGACUCCUAUUGUGAAUCUAAUAUGCGUCUAUGGAUUCUACAAGAUGCUGAGAAACAAGAAUGGUCAAGCAUCAUGACUUGUGUUGUGCCUUGUGACAAGGAGAUAUAUUUGUGCAGUGGAGAGAGUCCUACCAACAAGGUUGUAAUGGUUUCUAGAUGCUUAAAGUCAUCUAAGCACUUUUUUGUUUACUAUUUCGAUAUGUUCAGAGAGAGUAUCAUCAGAAGAAUGGAGGUUGAGAUUGAUGGAAUGGUGGAUUAUGAGUUAAGACGUCCAAGGAUUUUGUGCUUUCCCGGUCACUUUGAGAAUCUUAUGUAUUUCUAACAAUAACCAAAUCUAAACUUCAAGUUUACCAAAUUUUAAUGACAGUAAAUUAAUAUAUACAAUCAGACUUAAUAGUCAACGCAAAUGCGGCAUUCUGUAGAUGGGCUUAUAAUCCUAAUGGGUUACGGAACGGCUUAUAUAGCCCAUUUAAAAUUCCCAUAUUUCAUUUUUUUCCGAUAACUAUAUUUGAGGAAUAUUGUUUAAAUAAGUAGUAAGAUGCGGUUAGGUACAAACAGUUUGUGUCCGUUUAUCCGUCUUCACAUUCACAUUUUGAAAAACUAAAUGUAAAGAAAAUAAAUCAAACUCUUCCUUGUCACUUUGAAUCGCCACUAAAUAUGUUGCAAAUUCUAGCCACUCUUGCGGGGAAGACACCAUCUUCACCAGUUCGGAGUAGUCUGUAAAGAAAGCUAUUUUUCGUUUGUCUUGGCCGAUCAUACAUCUCAUCGCCCAAAUUAAUGCUUCGACCUCAGCAUGUAGUGAGGUUAAGCAGAUGUGCUCCGUUGUCAGUCAUGACAACCCAUUAUAAAGCAUCAUCUUCAACGUUCAUGAUCAUAUCUGAAUAUUUCAUUGAUGUUGAUUGAAAAUCAAGUUAUUGCGGGAUUUCCAAAUUCUCCAUAUAGAAGCCAA